ACGAGAAGCAGAAGGAAGAAGAGGUUCGUGUCCAGCCCCCGCUACGUGGAGACCAUGCUGGUAGCCGACCAGUCCAUGGCCGAGUUCCACGGCAGCGGGCUGAAGCACUAUCUCCUGACGCUGCUCUCCGUGGCGGCCAAGCUGUACAAGCACCCCAGCAUCCGCAACUCCAUCAGCCUCGUGGUGGUGAAAAUCAUGGUCAUUUACGAGGAGCGGAAGGGACCCGACAUCUCCUCCAACGCAGCCCUGACUCUGAGAAACUUCUGCAGCUGGCAGAAGCAGCACAACCCGCCCAGCGACCGGCACGCCGAGCACUACGACACGGCGAUCCUCUUCACCAGGCAGGACCUCUGCGGUGCCAAGACAUGUGAUACCCUUGGGAUGGCUGAUGUGGGAACAGUUUGUGAUCUAAACCGCAGUUGCUCGAUCAUCGAAGACGAUGGUUUACAGGCCGCCUUUACAACAGCCCACGAGCUAGGCCACGUGUUUAACAUGCCUCAUGACGAUGCAAAGCAGUGCGCUGGUAUUAACGGAAUAAGCCGGGAUUUCCACAUGAUGGCAUCUAUGCUUUCCAAUCUGGAUCGCAGUCAGCCCUGGUCUCCGUGUAGUGCCUACAUGAUUACAACAUUCUUGGAUAACGGUCAUGGUGAGUGUUUGUUGGACAAGCCCCACAAGCCAAUCCAGCUUCCUUCUGACUUGCCUGGCACGCUGUACGAUGCCAACAGGCAGUGCCAGUUCACAUUCGGAGAUGAGUCCAAGCACUGUCCCGAUGCAGCCAGUACGUGUACGACGCUGUGGUGUACUGGCACUUCGGGAGGACUGCUCGUGUGCCAAACCAAACACUUCCCCUGGGCAGACGGCACCAGUUGCGGGGAAGGGAAGUGGUGCAUGAAUGGCAAGUGUGUGAAUAAAACCGAGAAGAAGCAUUAUGAUACGCCGGUGCAUGGGAGCUGGGGCUCCUGGGGGGCGUGGGGAGAGUGUUCCCGGACCUGCGGUGGUGGAGUGCAGUACUCCUUCAGGGAGUGCGACAACCCCGUCCCGAGGAAUGGAGGGAAAUACUGUGAAGGGAAGCGGGUGCAGUACAGAUCCUGUAACAUCGAGGACUGCCCGGACAAUGAUGGCAAAACCUUUAGGGAGGAACAAUGUGAAAAGCAUAAUGAGUUUUCCAAGUCUCCUUUUGGAAGUGGACCUGCAGUGGAGUGGACACCCAAGUUUGCCGGUGUCUCUCCAAAGGACAGAUGCAAGCUGGUCUGCCGAGCAAAGGGAACAGGAUACUUCUUUGUUUUACAGCCAAAGGUUGUGGAUGGUACCCCGUGUAGCCCCGAUUCCACCUCCGUCUGCGUCCAGGGGCAGUGCGUAAAGGCUGGCUGCGACCGUAUGAUAGGAUCCAAUAAGAAGUUUGACAAGUGCGGUAUCUGCGGUGGCAAUGGAUCCACGUGCAAGAAAGUGUCUGGCACGUUCGUUAGGGCAAAACCUGGCUACCAUGACGUCGUCACCAUUCCAGCCGGGGCAACAAACAUCGAGGUGAAGCAGCGAAACCACAGGGGUGCGAGACACGAUGGCAGCUUCCUCGCCAUCAAAGCUGCAGAUGGCACCUACGUCCUCAACGGUGACUACACCCUGUCGACCUUGGAGCAGGACAUCACCUACAAGGGUAGUGUGCUGAGGUACAGCGGCUCCUCCGCCGCGCUGGAGAGGAUCCGCAGUUUCAGCCCUCUGAAGGAGCCU